UUGCCCGGUACAACACAAGCCACAAAACUGUGAUCCAUGUUCUGGCUAGCUAACCUGACCUGAUCAUGUAGUUACGAUUGUUUUCAAUUUUUAACACUUCUUUAGUUUGGGUAAUCUGUGUUUGGGUGAAGUUCUUGAAUUUUUUUCUUUGUUCCACAGUACAGAACUAAACAAAAAAACUUGUUUUGGGCUAUUAUCAUUCUGCAAGGCUGGAGCUACAAGGCGAGGCUGGAUAUACUGGGUCUUUUUCCCCUGGAAGGUAGGAAGUUGAGGGGUGACCUUAAGGAGGUAUAUUAAAAUUAUUAGUGGCAUAUAGAAGGUGGAUAACCACAGUUUCCCCCAAGUUUGGAGAAUCCAGAACCAGAGGGCAUGGGUUUAAGGUGGGAGGGAAAGUUUUAAUAGGCACCUGAGAGUAAAUUUUUUUACACGAGGGUGGUGCAUACAUGGAACAUCAUUGCCAGACGAAGUAGUAGAAGCCGGUACAAUAACAGCAUUUAAAAGAUAUUUAGGCAGGCAUAUGGAGACAAAAGAUUUGGAGGGAUUUGGGCCAGGCACAGGCAGGUGGGACUAACUCAGUUAAGCAAUUUGGUUGGCAUGAAUGAGUUGGACCGAAAGGCCUGUUUCCAUGAAGUAUAAUUAUGAUAUGGACAUUUAUCAAUCCUAAUUAAUUAUUAACUAAGAUAGACACAAAAUGAUGGAGUAACUCAGCGGGACAGGCAGCAUCUCUGAGAGAAGGAAUGGGUGACGUUUCGGAUUGAGACACUUCUUCAGAGUAAUUUGAUAUUAAUUAUCAACUAAUUUAACUUUAGCACAGGCUGAUGGCUGGAAAGAGAUGUUUCCCAACUUGUUUUUUUUAAAGUCAUUUUCAUCUUUACACAAUGUUUUUUUUUUCUCUCAGCCUUUAUUUUAGAAAUGGGAGUUGUAGUGUGGCAGUCUGACAAAAUCCCUUGAACACAAUAUCCAGUCCUAUUCCUGGAUCUGACAUCCUAGCACCUAGUCAUGUGACCAUUACUCUUUCCUGUUGGUGACAUCACUGCUUUUCUCAGCUGUUCCCUGGAAAGGAUGGCAGCAGAGGCUGUCAGUCUGCAGUAGAUUGUGCAAGAGAACAGGAUUGGGUAUGGCAACAGGAGACGAGAUGAAUGGCUCAGGGAAUUUAAUGGACUUCUUGGAUGAAUCAAUCCCAGAGGUUGGCAUGUAUGAGGACUUUCAUACCAUUGAUUGGUUGAGAGAAAAGUCCCGUGACACCGACAGACAUAGAAAGAUCAAGAGCAAAAGUAAAGAGUCGAUAUGGGAAUGUAUCAAAGGCCUGUUGGACGCGUGGUCAGGAUGGGUGGUGAUGUUGCUCAUUGGACUUCUGGCAGGGACACUGGCUGGAGUGAUUGAUCUGGCUGUCGACUGGAUGACGGACCUGAAGGAAGGGGUGUGCUUGGCCGGAUUUUGGUUCAGUCACGAGCAGUGCUGCUGGACUUCCAACGAGACAACCUUUGAGGACAGAGAUAAAUGUCCUCAGUGGAAGACGUGGUCAGAGCUUUUGGCCAACCGAUCAGAUGGAGCCAGCGCAUACAUUCUGAACUAUUUCUUGUACGUUCUGUGGGCCUUGACCUUUGCUUUCCUGGGAGUGUCGCUGGUCAAGGUGUUUGCCCCCUAUGCUUGUGGCUCUGGAAUUCCUGAGAUUAAAACUAUCCUCAGUGGCUUCAUUAUCAGGGGCUACCUGGGCAAGUGGACUUUACUGAUUAAAACAGUAACCUUAGUGUUGGCCGUCUCCUCUGGCCUCAGCCUUGGGAAGGAAGGACCACUGGUGCACGUGGCUUGUUGUUGUGGCAACCUCUUCUGCUGCUUGUUUUCAAAGUACAGUAAGAAUGAAGGAAAGAGGAGAGAAGUGCUGUCGGCUGCAGCUGCCGCCGGAGUCUCGGUUGCCUUUGGCGCACCCAUUGGCGGUGUGCUUUUCAGCUUGGAAGAGGUCAGUUACUACUUCCCACUGAAGACUCUCUGGAGGUCGUUCUUCGCUGCGCUGGUGGCCGCUUUCACUCUCCGCUCAAUCAACCCGUUUGGGAACAGUCGGCUGGUGCUGUUCUACGUGGAGUACCACACGCCGUGGUACAUGGCGGAGCUGGUGCCCUUCAUCCUCCUGGGGGUUUUUGGCGGUCUGUGGGGGACGCUCUUCAUCCGAGGGAACAUCGCCUGGUGCAGGAAGCGCAAGAGCACGAACCUGGGCCGGUACCCAGUGCUGGAGGUGAUCGCCGUGACGGCCAUCACCGCCAUCUUUGCUUUUCCCAACCAGUACACGCGGCGCAGCACCAGCGAGCUCAUCUCUGAGCUCUUCAACGACUGCGGGGCGCUGGAAUCUUCGCAGCUCUGCGACUAUAUCAAUGACCCCAACAUGACCCGGCCCGUGGACGAUAUACCUGACCGUCCAGCCGGCCCUGGGGUCUACGCUGCGAUAUGGCAGCUGGCUCUCGCCCUUGUGUUCAAAAUCAUCAUCACCAUAUUCACGUUUGGAAUGAAGAUGCCAUCGGGACUGUUUAUACCAAGUAUGGCUGUUGGGGCAAUAGCUGGUAGAAUGGUUGGCAUUGGUGUGGAGCAAAUGGCCUAUCACCACCAUGACUGGUUCAUCUUCAAGAGCUGGUGUAGGCCUGGAGCCGACUGCGUCACACCUGGGCUCUACGCAAUGGUCGGCGCGGCAGCCUGUCUUGGUGGAGUGACUCGGAUGACAGUGUCUCUGGUGGUGAUCAUGUUCGAGCUGACUGGAGGCUUGGAGUACAUUGUACCGCUAAUGGCCGCAGCAGUGACCAGCAAGUGGGUGGCAGAUGCCUUUGGGAAAGUGGGUAUCUACGAGGCGCACAUACACCUGAACGGCUACCCCUUCCUGGAUUCAAAGGACGAGUUCAGGCACAGGACGCUGGCGACGGACGUUAUGAGGCCGAGACGCACCGAGCCUCCGCUCUCGGUUCUGACCCAAGGCAGCAUGACGGUGGAGGAUAUGGAGACGCUCAUCAAGGACACAGACUACAAUGGCUUCCCAGUUGUCGUCAGCAGGGAAACGGAGCGGCUCAUUGGCUUUGUCCAACGGAGAGAUCUCAUCCUUGCGAUAAAAAAUGCAAGAAAAAUACAAGAUGGUGUGGUCAGCAACUCCAUUGUGUACUUCAUGGAAGAACCUCCCUCGUUGCCAGGCAACAGCCCUUCCCCCCUCAAACUGCGGAGAAUCCUCAACCUCAGCCCGUUCACGGUAACGGACCACACGCCCAUGGAGACGGUGGUGGACAUCUUCCGCAAGCUUGGCCUGCGACAGUGUCUGGUCACUCGUAGUGGACGCCUCCUGGGCAUCUUAACGAAAAAGGAUGUAUUAAGGCACAUGGCCCAGAUGGCAAAUCAGGACCCUGAGUCAAUCAUGUUCAACUGACCCCACCCCACCCUCCCCCUUAUUGUGCCAGCCUUGCCAAGUUCUUGUUUUAGGAGGGAAUGGACAGUGGUGUGGCUGAACUCUCAGGGCAUGGUGACCUUUAAGUGAAUUCAGUACUGAACAUUGAGUCAAGAACAGCAAGCCUGCUCAUGAGAUGGACAUGUAGCCGUGCACAGGUCAGCCAAGGGGACUGGCCUACAGUGAGGACCAGCCCAGUAUCUCAGAAGAGGAGGAGAAGCUGGAAUCGCAGCUCGUUUGAAAAGCCUGGCUGGGUGUUCAAUUGCAUCUUAUAUUAUCCUCUGAACUGCCAGCUUUGUCCAAAAGGUUUGUUCAGCUGGGGUAAAAUUAUAAGCACGUUACAUUUCAAUAUUGGUGACUGAUGUACCUCAUGAUAUUCCCUUGGCAAGUGCAUUUGAAUUAAUUGCAAAUAAAAUAAGAAAUCAGUGCUGAAAACAUCACUUUAAUUUGGCAUUUAGCUUAUAAAACGUCUGGUGAAAUUGAUGUAACUUCCGAAACAUUUAAGAGAAUUAACAGCAAGAAAACAUGCCAACCAGUGAGCCUCCACCGACUAUGUUGAACUAUUACAUUAGUCUAUGGAAUUACAGCUUAGCACUUUUAUCCUUAAAAUCAUCUUGGUGAAUGUCUGUUGCACUCUUCUUCCUGAGGUACAGUGCCUGAACGUAAGCAUCAACCUAAUGGACUCUAACCUUUGCCCCAAUGACUGUAGCCUCAUAACAAUCCCAGUAGAAUACACAUAAAUUGAGGAAAUUGUAAAUGUUUUGACAUUUUUACAAGAAAGUAGCCUUCAGGCUUUCUGUUUCCUUGCUAUUUUAUUCAGGUGGACUACCCUCCUCCAAUAGAGAUGCAAGGUUUGAAUGGGUUACAUUACAUCAGCUGAGCCCCUGGGCACUGCAACCAUCUAACCGUGUAACCAUUUAAGACAUUGAUAGGUAUCUAUCUUCCUUCCUCUUUCACAUCUGAUUUUACAUCCCUCCCGUCCCCUACCUCUCUCUCCCUCCCCACUUCUCACCUUCUCCCUCUGCCACCCUUCCUCUCGCUCUCUCCCUCGCUCUCCCCCUCUCAUGCACAAACACUAAUUGAAACAACUUCAGCUUGUAGUCAACUGCCCUGCCUUUGUGGUUUUGUGCCCUCUGAUGUCCCAUCUUACUAUGUUAAUGGGACUGCAUAAAUACAAACUGUUGUAUGUUGGAGAAGGGAAGAACCACCAAACCACCAAGAUUCCUGCACCUAAUUUACUCAACCAAUAGUCAAAAGUAGAUCCUGUGUUUUAGUUGUAUGAAUCAAAUAAUGGUCCUUCUGAAUAAUAUGGGGCACUGGAAUAUCCUGGGGUUUAUGUGGUAAUGCUGCAUGUUGUCUCAUUAAUCAGGAGACUGGCAUUUUUUAUUACUGCAAAAAGCUUGGACCUUAUCCAAUUCUGAAUAGUUUUCCAGAACACCAUGUUUUAAAAAAAAUCCUUUGGGUAUUAUAUCAAAUAAGGCCACAAUGAAUAUUUGGAUUUCCUGAUAUACUGCUAAGAAAACAAGUGACAUUGCACAAGAGUGUAAACAGUAUGCUUGCCUGAUGAAAUUUCCUCUGUCAUUAGCUCUACCAGAAAUGCACUCCAUUGCUAAGAUUAAUUAACAACGAACAAAUCUCGAUUACGAACAACAUUGUGUUAAUUCUAAUAUGUGCACUUUUGACGUGUUCUUUAUCAAAGUCUUUUCUCUUGUGAUUAACCAUUUACUUUAACUGCUUAAAACAUUUGUUAAAAUGGUGGGAAAAGGCAUGUGAAACAGACAUGCCCAUCAAUAUUGUGCUGUCCAAUUCCAACCCCAGUAUUGUUAGAAAGGGCGUGGAUGUUGUGGUUCAAAAAAGUUGAUAAUUAAAUAUAAGGAUUUAUUUAACCUGCUUCAAAGCCUAAUUGAGAUGACAUUAGGGUUUAUGGUGCUCUGGAUUUACAUUUAAAAUGCCAAGAUCAAUAAACUCUCAGAAAAGGCAUAAAAUAAUAGCAUUCAAACAACAAAUAUAGAGCCUUAAAAAAUUCAAGAUCCCAUCCUUGAUAUUAAAGCAAGACAAAAUAAGCUCAGUAUAAAAUUGACAGAAAUCAGAGUUGGACGAAGGCAGUUUGAACGUCAAAAUCUAGAUGGGAUCAGCAGCCGUGGCACCAGGAGAAACAUUCUUGGCUUUAUAUCAGAAGGCUGUAGGCUUAAGUCCAGUUCCAGAGGCUUGAGUACAAAGUGCUGGAUAACUUUCAGAUGUGUUAAUGAGGGAGUGCUGCUUUCUCUUUUGGAUGCAAAACUGAACCAAGGCCUUGCCUGUUUCCUGAGAUGAACUGGAAAUAUCCCAAAUCAUUGCAGUGAACAAGAGUAAUGCAAUGACCCUGAUCUCCUCCACCACAAUUCCCCUUCAAUUAACACACAGAACAAAAAGAUGAUAUGUUUCCAAUCAGCUAGAUCUUUGUGCGUGGUGAGCUUGCAUGUGAAGUUUGGCUGUCACAUUUUCAUGUCUCUACAGCCAGAGUGAAGAUGAUGUGGUAAUCAUGCCUAAUAACCACGCUGGGGACUGAGAGCUUUCAUGCAAAUAAUUUGUCUAUAACUAUCCUCCAUUCAUUGCAUUUUUCUGGAGAAAUGUUCUGGCUUUUAUUGGGAGAAGUCGUAUCUUCUUUAACUCCACUCUUUAGACUUGUUUUCUGAGUGAAUUGACGUUUGUUGUCCAGUGGAAUAUUUGCUGUGAUUCCUGCACCUAUUGGUUGAUUCAAUAUUGUCAAUGCUGUUUAAAGCAAACUUGCUGGCUGUAAGGUAAUUUGAGAUUUCCUAAGGUUAUAAUAUUGGAUGAGUGGACCAACAACAUAAUUGCUGGAUAGAUGCAAGAAUGAAAGGGCCAGAUCUUCCACUGAGACAUCGGCAUAAUGCUGUGACUUACCUAGAUAUUUUCAUGGCUAAACAUGUUGCAAGUACAGCAGUCCUGUUAACAUGGAUGUUCAGGUUGGUAAGGUGGUGAGGAAGGCUUACAGGAUAGUGUAGAAUAUAAUAUCAGGAAAGCUCUGGCAGAAAGUUAUAAAACAUUAGUUCAGCCACAGCCGGAAUAAGAUGUACACUUCUGGUCAUCAGACUAUAGGAACGAUAUGUUGCACUGGAGAGGAUAUAAAGGAGAUCCAUUAGGAUGGUGCUUGAACUAGAAGGCAUAGGAUUCGGGUAAGGAUUUAGAGUUUUGAUGAGGAUCUGAGAUGAACUCUUCUAAGCAGUGGGGAUUUGUAAUUUGUAAUGUACUCCCUGACUGGGUGGUGGAGGCAGAGGAUCCCACUACAUUUAAGAUGUAACCAGGCAAACACUUGAUGCAUCAGUACAUAAAAGACUAGAGUCCAAAUGCUGGUAAAGGGGAUUAGUUUUGUUAGGUACAUGACGAUUGGCAUAGACACGAUAGUCCAAUGGGCUGUUCUGGUGCUGUAUGCCUCCAUGAAUUGGAGACAUGUGCUGCUGAGACUAUUAUUUAUUGUUUUAAAUUAUAUGUUUUAAAUUGAUUUAAAUGUGUGAAAUUUAUGUAGGAUUUUAAAUGUAAAAAUAAGCUUUAAUUUCUCUAACAUUUAAAUAUUUGUUUGCGUACUGUCCAGUCAAAGAAAAGACUCUACAUGAUUACAAUCAAGCCAUCCACAGUGCAGGAUAAAAGGAUAAAGGGUACAACAUUUAGUGCAAGAUAAAGUCUGAUUAAAAAUAGUUUGAAGGUCUCCAAUGAGGUAGAUGGUUGGUAAGGUUUCAGGAUUAAAUUGAUGAUGCUUAGAAUUCAGAUUGUAUACAAGAUAGAUGCCCAGUUUUCAGCAGUUGCAAACAGGCUUGUAGAUUAAAGUGCAAUAAUUUGUAAUUAUUGUGUAAUUAUUUGGAUAAGUGCUUUGGGCCGUCACUUGGGGUUGUGAGUCAACUGGACAUGUUUAAUUUAAUAUUGAUCUAGGAAACGCAUUCAGUUGUGCAGGAUCACAGCCUAAGCAAUGUGCAGUGGGCUGAUUUACUGCAUCAUCCUGCUACGUAUUCUUCUAAACUAAUUGGCAUAAGAAAACUCCAGAUUAAUUGGUAUGGAAUUUCAUUUUGUACACGUGUCUGGCAAUCAUUGGUGUGCUUUGUUGGACCACUCUGCAUUCUAGUUAAUGCCAGGUCCUGCCUGAUGCUGUUGUUUGCUGUUGGCAGUCAAGGUGCUUGGUGAUGAAUUAUGGACCAUCACUUUGAUUUGACAAAAGGUUGGCCAAACAGUAAUGCAGAUACACUGAUAACACUGAUGGUUGUUUUUGAGAAUCAUGAACAUCUUAAAUGAGGAGAGCACGGUUUUCUCACCCGAUAAAAGACUCAAUAACUGGCUAAUAAUUCAGCAAAAGCUCUGGCAGCCAGUGUGGAGUUAAUAUAUGUGUAGAUGUUCAACAUGUACCUUCUAAUCACAGCUUCCGACAUUCUCUUGUGUCUCCCUCAGACAGACCUGUGCUGUUAGCCAUCAUAUAUUUACUCUUGCUGGGGCAUUAGUGCUGCUGCCUCACAGUGCCAGAGACCAGGAGUAUGUACAGUGUCCCUGCAUGUGUUACCCCUGGGUGCUCCAUUUCCACCAUCUACCUUCCGGUAGGCGAACCGGCCAUUGUAUAUUACACCUAGUGUUUGUAAGUGGCGGAUGAAUCAGUGAGGGGAAUUGAUGGGUAUGUGAGGGGGAGACAGAGUUGCAAAGCUACAAGGAAAUAAACGGAGAAUGGAACUGAUGGGCUUGUUCUGCUGGAAGUCAGCGUGGAUCUUAUGGUCUGAAUGACCUUCUGCUAAAUUACCUCGUAUCUGUGAGAUGGAAGUCAUGUUAAAUACACAGAGUCGGGUUUGCUUCUCUGAAAGCCAUUUGCGAAUCAAUUGUCACACGUCGCUUUGAUUGAUCGUGAAAUAGGAUAAAUCUUGGAGAACUGAUCCCAGACCUCAAAUUCAUGGAAAUGCAGUUCAUCAGGAGUAAUUUGGGUUAGUGGUUCAGUCCUCCAUUAAAUUAGCUGCUGCAUACUGGUUCUCUACUGAACUGAUGUGACUCCAGUGUGAUUGAUGUAACACAAGAAUAUUUCUUCUCUUGCGAUUCUUCAAAAGAUGAAGAGAUUCUUUCAGACGAUUAACUCUUACAUGUAACUCAGAUAGGCUAAUGUGUACAUACUUCUUUGAUAAGUAUUGUACGAGAUUGCUUUCAAUCCAGAGGUCAAAAAGCUUGCUACACAAAACUGAGUCCAGAGGUACAGGUGAAAUAGCCUGGCAUUAUUUCUUAUUUACUUGCUUUAAGACCCUAUUUUUAAUACACAAUGAGUCUGGUAUGAAACAGAUUUCACUUCUGAAACCUUACACCUUUAGUCCAUAGAAUGAAACUAAAGGCUGGCUAGAACUGGGGACUCCACCUUGAAAACCUACCUCUCAAUUUCAUGAGCUGAGAUGAUAUUUUUUGGAUUGCGAAGAUGACAUUUGAUGUCGUGUUAAGGUACCUUGGUGUGGUUGGGGCACGGACCAGGUGUAAGCUUACUAAUAGGCAGAACAAACUUGGGAGGAUGAAUAGAUUUCUCCUUUUCCAAUGGUAAUAACUGUGCAUUGUCAAGUGUUUUCUCAUGUAUAGAAACAACCCUCACUGUCUAAGUGCUUCAGUACUGUUAUUAAUAAAUGCAUAAUAAGUAUUCUGUCUGGAUUUGCAAACCACAAUGAGUACAAGAACAAUAUUAUUUCAGUCUGUAAAAUUAAUAAAUAAAUUGCAAAGC